UGUGUAAUUUAGCUAGUCACACAGUCUCAAGUCAUUUAUAUGACAAAGUGACAACUAGCUAAAAAUGCUAAGAGAUAUUCAGCAGGUGCUGCGAUUUAUCAUGUUGAUGGGAAAGCAAAAACAGCAUGGUUUUAAGUUUGCGGGGGGGCUUCUGGUACUAAUGUGGACUGAAGAAGGAGUUUCUGUGAAAAUGCUGAACUGCACAGUUGCAGCUGCUGGUCCCUGGUGUGCAGGGAUUAAAACCAAAGCACUCCAGCAUGUCCUCUCAGAUUUGAAGAGCAUGUUUCCCCAUGCGUGCCCAUGCCUUGAGCCUGACCCAGAGGAGCUGAGUACAUUCACUGACCUGCACGGCCCCCUUGCACUACUCCUGUCUUUUCAGAUGAAAGAUGCAAGACACUGCACCUCAGAGUGGAAAACUCUCACAGAAGCCUACCUACGCACAUUUAGUUUGGCUAACGCCGGGGUAAAGAUCCACCUGACAUGCAAAUUCAAUCAGCACAUCUCACAACAAGAAUUUAGAGUCAAGCUGAAGCGCAAAGUUGCAAACACUGACCAACGACCGCUGAUCCUAGAUGUCACCUGUUCGACAGAGCCUCCGCUGAAUGUGAGGAAAGGUCGCUGGUGCCAGGGAGGACACCCUGUCCUUGGAGGCAGGGUUCCACUCAGUAUCCCACCACAAGCUAUGGAUCAAGGCCUGUUCGGGGAGCUCAGUGUCCAGCUUGUUAGUCUCCUGAGGCCCUGUGUGCUGGUGUACCCCAAUCUUGCAACAGAAGUCACUCACAUACAAGUUUUAGUAUAUGGCCCCAGUAAUGUUCCCAUCGCAGGCUCAUCUGGAUUCUUCCAAACACUUCCUGCCUCUCUUGACUGUCAGGAACUGGGGCUGGGCAGACUUCACUGCUCCUCCUUCAAAGUUUCAACAUCCCCUGCCGGUCUUGUGCACAGCGGUUGCACUGUGUACACAGUGGAGCAAGGAGAGUGGCGUGGUCCAGAGCAAGAGUCCAGUCCUCCUACAGUGCAGCAGAGUCUCCUACUUUUCCUCUUCUUACAGCACAGCGACCCCUUCGUCUCAGAGCUCACUGAUAUCAUGUCUACGGAAGUAUUGAUAGAGCACCACCUGGAGGAUGUUCUCAACAACAACAGGCAGGCUGUCACAACAGCCCUGCAGACUGAGCUGAAGAACACGCUGUCAGCACAGAAUCAAAGAAAAAAGCACCAAGAGAAGCUGCGUUCUGCUGUUGAGGUGAUUCUCAGUUCCUCCAUCAGUGUUGUGUGCUGCAGCACUAACAUGGACUUCAGGAAUGCAUGUCUGAAUCGCAUGAGGGUGCGUGACACCAAUGAAUUGUUUGCCUCCCUCCGCAAAUCUCUGUGGAAAGUGACAUCAUGGAAAUUCACUCCCAGGAGCAGUUGCUAUUAUGCGCAGAUGGAAGAACAUCCCGAGCGUGACGACCCUCCCAGAUCAGAAAUCUGAGAAUGAGUGUGUUUGAAGGAGUUUUGGUUUGGUUGAAAACCGCUGAGGCAUUUUUAAUUGAACCUGAGUUGAUUUUCAUUUUAAAGUGUGCCAGCAAUAAAAACUCACUUAAAGAGUGAAUUGUUGAUAUUAUAGUUUGCGUUACACACAUUUGUUCAAAAAUAAACCGGAAGAAACUUAACCAAACCAAGUGUAUUUUUUGUCUCUAUUGUACCUGUAAAUAAACGGUGUGGUACAAUUAUAUAAA